GAAGCCAAACCCCUUUGGUCGUCCAUCAUCCCGGCAACAACCUUGUGGUCUGCUGCUACCUCACCAUCCGCUAAUACAUUCUUUGCGGCUGCGCUGUUGUGUCUGAUCCUUUACUCUCACAUCCGAGAGAAGAUUGGGAUAAGGAAGGGAUAAUGGACUCUGCAGACAAGAAGGACGUCGAGAGCAAGGGUCCUGCCGUCCCUCCUCCCGCCGCUGCUGCGGAUGCCGCCGGAAUCGAGGUAGAAGACAGGGAGCGCCAAGCUCGCGAGCUCAAAGCCGGCCUCCAUCCCUUAAAGCACAAGUUUGUAUUUUGGUAUACACGUCGAACACCUGGAGUACGGACACAGAUAUCAUAUGAGGACAACAUCAAGAAGAUUGUUGAAUUCAGUACGGUUGAAGGAUUUUGGGUUUGCUAUUGUCAUCUGGCACGCCCUUCUUCUCUACCAAGUCCAACAGAUCUGCAUCUUUUCAAAGAGGGUAUUCGCCCUUUGUGGGAGGAUGCUGCCAAUUGUAAUGGGGGAAAGUGGAUAAUACGGUUCAAAAAGGCUGUUUCAGGUCGAUUCUGGGAAGACUUGGUGCUGGCAUUAGUGGGUGACCAACUUGAUUAUGGAGAUGAUGUUUGUGGUGCUGUGCUAAGCAUUCGCUUUAAUGAGGACAUCUUGAGCGUAUGGAACCGGAAUGCAUCAGACCACCAGGCUGUGAUGGCAUUAAGGGACUCGAUUAAGCGACACCUGAAGCUACCCCAUAGCUACCUAAUGGAGUACAAGGCACAUGAUGCUUCUCUACGUGAUAACUCCUCGUAUAGGAAUACUUGGUUGAGAGGAUAGACGUGGAUAUUCUUAAUCAUAAGCCUGUCCUGCAUCUUUAAAACAACUUUAGAGUAUAAUUCGUCUUUACUGGUACUGUUGAAACUGUUAGUUUUUUUUAAUGUAUUAAGUGGUGGAUUCUGAUGUGAGAGCUGUCACUGCAGAACGAAAAUACUCAUGCUGCCAGAAACAUGGCUAAAUGGUGGUAUGACAUGGUUUAAAGGGGAUAAUGUCAACAAUGAUACAAGGCUACAGCCAAACGCUGCUUGUAUUUUAUGUUGCAAAUUAUAGUCUUGGUUUAAAGGGGAUAAUGUCAACAAUACCA